UUUCCAGGGCGCAAUAUUACGAAUCCCACCAUGGCCACGCAAAGACCCGCCCUUCAAUAGCAUUCACACACUACUAUUGGCCAGGGGUCCAUGUUUACAUGUACUGGUCCUAUCUCCUGACCAAUCCCCUAACCCUAAUCGGUGAAAGGCCUGACUCCAACCAAUCGAGCUGCUUCGAAGGGCGGGACUUUGCGUGGCCACAGUGGGAUUCGUAAUUUUCUUUUCGCCCAGGGCGGGGAUUCGGGGAGAGUCCAGCUCAUUUGACGUCAGGAGGGAAACUGUCGGGGGGCAGAGCCACAGGAUGUCUCCCUGAACAGCGAGCCCAAACCCGGACAAAACCCGGUAACAAGAUCCCUUUGCCACACCGGACACUAGCUAGAAUCUAGUCCGGGUUGUCACCAUCUCCAGCUGCUGUUAUUUCGAGACACACUGGGCGUCAUGCAGCUGUGAAAAACACCGGAUACGACAGCCGUUACCAGGUUGAUAGGCUGUCAAUCAUGAAGAAGCGAGCCAACAAGGUGCUGCAGGAAGAGGAGACCUUGUGCUGCUGUGAGUAUGUGAACAGACUCGGAGAGCGCAGUCAUGUGGUAGGCUGCUGCUGUGACUGUGAGGACCUGGAUGACGUGUGUGACAGGUUUAUGAAGAGGAAGCCUCAGAAACCUGAAUCCCUGUCUCGUGUGGCUGAUGUCUUCACAGACCGGAUUCGUGUACCCUGGCUCUGGGGGGGAGCCCGAAAAGUUGACCUGUCCAUCAUCCCUCCUCUUAUUCUCCUCCCGGUCCUGCUGCACUUGGCUGCUCUCCACUUCCUGCUUGGCAUGGUGACUCUGACAGCUCUGCCUGGCCUGGUGCUGUGGUACUACUAUACCACCCACCGCAAGAAAGGACAGACACUCUUCUUCCUCAGCCUGGCACUCUUCUCCCUGGCGUACAUGUACUACUUGUUCAUCACUAAUGUUCUUCCAAGUGGGAAUGUUAGCCUGGUCCAGCUAGCGGUGGUAACUGUAGGGGUCAUACUUACUCUGGUAGCUCUUGUCCACACCAAGAGAGAACCCGGAAUUGUGCGGCCAAACAAAGAGGAUGUCCACAGCACGGUGACGUAUUACAGCCCUCUGGCAGACAGAGACCCUGUCUUCAAUGGGGGGAGGCAGGACGUGACGAUGACGGUAGCCAACCGGGCGGGAUUGUCGGAGCAUGCGGGAGUGGAGGUGAAGGAAAGCGGCCAUAGGAACUGGUGUCCGGUGUGCAGAGUGGUGCGGCCCCCGAGGGCGGGACAUUGUCGGAUCUGUGGUGUCUGCGUGCUGCGUCUCGACCACCACUGUGUCUGGAUAAACAGCUGUGUGGGUCAGGUCAAUCACCGCAGCUUCCUGCUCACGCUCGUCCUCUUCCUGUUGACGUCCCUGUACGGCAUCAGCCUGGUGCUUCAGAGUGUGUGUCCAAAUCAACACCUCCUCACCGCCCUGCUCUACUGCCCGGGGGUCUACAACCAGUACAGCGCUGCACUUUGCUUCACCUGUGCGUGGUACAGCUUUAUUGUGACCUGUGGGCUGCUCCACUUGCUGGUGGUGCAGGUCAUCAACGUCAGCUACAACGUAACGGAGCGUGAGGCACGCAUAGCCCUGCGAGACAAAACCGCUCGCAGGGCCUUCUGGGGACUCGUCGUGGACACUGGCGUAUACUCUCGAGGUUUCCGUGGGAACUGGGCAGAGUUCAUGACCAUGGGAGAAAAACUGAAUCCACCCUCUCCCGUCCCAACAGAACUGGUUGCCUUGCUGAAAGUUGACAUACAAGAAAAAUGUAAGACUGAGUAAUCUGUUCUGGUCCUAGGGAUGUUUUUUUUUAUAGCACGGCGUCAGCAACCAGAUGACGUCUCUGGAGAUUGUCAGUCCUGCACAAAAUGUGCAAAACAUCUUUUCAAGGAUGGUCUGUCUGCACAUUCUUCCACAAACACUUAUCUGCAGUGUGCACAAAGGAGGGAACCUGACCUGGAUUUGUGAAAUGUGUCAUAGAUAUUUAUCACAGAUGAAUCAAACAUCCUGGAACAAGUAACAUAAUUCAAGUUCUACAACUCCCCAUUGCAUUAAACAUAAUAAACGAUUGGAUAGUAA